UGUUUGCUGUUUGAAAUGAGCGCUCACGAACCUGUCAUAGAAGUGCUGCCAACAGAUGGCAGCAGGAACAUGGCUCACAUGGGGAUGCGCGCCGGUCUAGCCUCGCUUGUGUCUGCCAGUCGAUCACUGGUGAAGAAUUCGUCACCAAAACGGUUCAAGUCUUCCCCAUACAUUCCAGAAACAUCCAGAGGUAUGGCUUACAGUAUCUUCGAGAAGGGAUGCCCUAAUACCACCGACUUCAGGGUGUUCAUCAAGAACGAGGAUGGACCCAUCUCUCCGUUCCAUGAUGUCCCACUGUUUGCUAAUGAGGGAAACAAGAUUUUCAACAUGGUGGUGGAGGUGCCUCGAUGGACCAAUGCCAAGAUGGAGAUAGCUACCAAAGAUCCCCUGAAUCCCAUCAAGCAGGAUGUUAAGAAGGGAAAACUUCGUUAUGUUGCCAAUUGUUUCCCUCAUCAUGGCUACAUCUGGAACUAUGGCGCUCUUCCACAGACUUGGGAGGACCCCAGCCAUAUUGACGAAGCUUCGGGCUGCAAGGGUGACAAUGACCCCAUUGAUGUUUGUGAGAUUGGCUACCGUGUGGCCAAGAGGGGUGAAGUCAUCCAGGUUAAGGUGCUUGGAACCAUUGCUCUUAUUGAUGAAGGAGAGACUGACUGGAAGUUAAUUGCCAUUGAUGUCAAUGACCCAAUGGCUCCACAGCUGAGUGACAUAUCUGAUGUGGAGAAGCACAUGCCAGGCUUCCUGAAAGCCACUGUGGAAUGGUUUAGGAUUUACAAGAUACCAGAUGGCAAACCAGAGAACCAAUUUGCUUUUAGUGGAAUGCCUAAGGAUCGAGAUUUUGCUCAUAAGAUCAUCAUGGAGACUCAUGAAGCAUGGCAGAACUUAAUAGAGGGAAAGUCUGAUGCUGGUGGAUUAAGCACAGCCUGUGUGUCUGUUCCCAAUGCAGCAAACAAGGUUUCACACACUGAGGCUGCAGCAGUUCAAGAUGCCUCUCCUGAACCUGGACCAGGACAGACUGUAGAUCCCAAGG